AUGCAUGGUAAUUCUGCACUAGUCAUAUGGAAUGAGAUAUUAAGUAAUUUUGAGAAGGAGUCAAGCGUGAAAUUGGACACUCUUCUGCAACAGUUUUUCAUUUUUUGGAUCGAGAAAGAAGAAAGUGUAAUGCAAUCACUUGCACAUUUACGUAUACUGUGGGUGGAUCUUCAACAUGAGCAAGAGUUGAGCAGCGAAGGAAAGUUGCCACAGAACUUCCUAGCACCACGAAUCUUAUCUAUUCUUCCUGAUGACAAAUAUAUAGAGUUCAAAUCACAGUGGGAUUCAAUGCCCAAGAUGGAAAAAUCACCUGAAAAACUGAUCAAACAGAUCAACAUGCAGCUGCAAAGAAGAAAUCAAGAGCUAAGAAACGAAAGUACAAUAACAUUUGUGGCAAAUGCUAAUUACAGCGCAAAACAUAAUGGAAAGAAAUGGAAGAAGGGUGGUAAGAAACCUCAGAUGGUCAGCCAAUCCCAACCCUUGACAACAAAUAAUGCCAAAACAAUGAACAGACUUAAAAAGACUGAUGGUGUGAAAGGUUUCAUUUAUUUCAAGCCCUACCAUCACUUUGACAAACAAGCAGAAAUCACAGUCGGUAACAAACAGAGAAUACCAGCAUAUGGCUGUGGGGACACUGACAUGUGCACGAUGGUUGGAAACGUACAAAAAUCUGUUGAGCUGACUGAUUGA